ACUACAGAUCGCGAUAUUUUUAAUAUUCGUCGCUACCGGAAGCUCACAUCUCCCGUGGGCUUCCAGGUCGACGAUAGUCCCCCCAGCUAUAUCCGAUCAAGAUGACGGACAUGAUCUUGCCAAAGGGCAUUGUGUUCAAUAGAAACGAUAUUUACGCAGAAAUAGCAAAGUACGACAUUGUUCCACUAGAACAAAUACAUGCUGCCUGUCAUGUAUUUACCACGACGUCCCGGGAACUUGUCGACCCUACCGCGAGACGGCUCGAGAAUUUUUGGACUCGUGUCUUAGGUGGUGAUCGCCGCUAUCUUCCGGGAACAGUUAUUGCACGACUUUUCAAAAGCAUUUCCGAGGAGGAAAGCUUCGUCAAAUUACGAGGACCACCAAACCGAUACGAGCCACCUUCGCCUCCUAGGCCUGAGUCGAAAGCGGAAUCGGCCCCUAAAGUCCGAGCUAACCCUGAGACAUCAGUGGGCGGGCCUUCUGAACCCGGGUCAAAGGGAAAGGCGAGGUCCACGAAGUCUACGCCAACAUCUACGAAGCAGCCACAUCCUAUUUUGAAGAAACCUAGGGGACCUUCAAGUUCUGGGCCACGGCCUACAGCUCGAUUUGUCUCGCCGCCAGGAUCUGACGGGGAGGGCGAGGAUAGUAAAGACGGUGAGCUUGGCUCAUCUGGGAGCACGGCGGUGAACCACAGUGGUGAUUCCAAGGGUUCUACCAGUUCGACAGCCAAAGAAGAAAGGAAGAAGGCGAACAACACGACACCGAAGAAAAAGAUCGUAGCUUCUACGGCUUCUAGACGUAGACCUGCUAUGCCGCGCCGCAUUAGUUCCCAGUCCUCUGGUGCUGUCAGUGGGCCUGACGGUGGGCCAAGGGACGGGAGUUCUUCGUCUGGCUCGAAGAAUUCGGGAUCGCAAACACCGGUCCCAACGAUCCCGGAGAAGACAAGCAAGGAAGGGGUUUCCACAGCGAAAGAAGGGGCUGAACGGUUGAGUGCGAAGGCGGCGGGAAAACGACCGGCGAUUCGACCAUCGUCUGAUAAAUCUAGCACCUCGAAACCCAGCUGUCCCCAGACUAGCGGUACUAACAACCGUCAAUUAGUAAGCGAGGCCACGACUUUUCACCCAGGGCAGCCAAACCCUGCAGCGAAUACCUCUAAGAAAACGACCCCAGACGAUGCUAAGCAUACGAAAACGAGACAAAGCGGGUCAACUCAUAGAAGAAGUGAUGCACAAGAACGACCUCGCCCAGGAAUACCCCACGUCAUGACUCGAUCGAGAUCGGAUGUGGGUGCUUCACGGCGGAGUCCACAGGAUGGCCUUCCACCACACCAAAGUCUAAUAUCAUCUAGCACGACGACCGUAUCUAACACAACAGCUCAGGGUACAAUUAUCGAGUUUGACGAGAAUCCAUCUGUUAACGAAAUCGUCGCGAACGCAAUGCAGGGAGCUGAAGAAGAUACUGAGACUAGCUCCCGAAGAUCUGGAAACUCUCUACGUGAUGCACGAUUUACUCCUACGCAGCCAAGCACAGCGCCGACCGUACCACUUGGCCGAUCCAAAAGUCAACUUACCCUUCUGCUCGAACGGCAAGGCGAGAAGAAACCCCGCCGAUGAGUUUCAUUAUUAUACAAACUCGAC